AUGAAGCUGAAUACUGUUAUCUUGCUGGCUGCUGCGGCAGGCUCCGCGGUGGCAGCUCCUCUCAAAAAUGCAAAGAGAGCCUCUUCUUUUGAAUGGUUUGGAACAAGCGAGUCCGGGGCCGAGUUUGGUGAGGGCAACCUGCCCGGUGUCUGGGGGACCGACUACAUUUUCCCCGACACUAGUACCAUUCAAACGCUGAUCGAUGAUGGCAUGAACAUCUUCCGAGUACAGUUCUUGAUGGAGCGGCUGACGCCCAGUGGCAUGACUGGAUCUUUUGACAGUGACUAUUUGAAGAACUUGACGACGGUGGUGAACUACAUCACUGAAGCCGGCGCUCAUGCUGUCAUUGACCCCCACAACUAUGGAAGAUUUAAUGGUGCGAUUAUUACGAGCACCUCGGACUUCCAGACUUUCUGGACGAACGUUGCUGGGCAGUUCAAAACCAACAGUCUCGUGAUCUUUGACACGAACAACGAGUACCAUGACAUGGACCAAACCUUGGUGCUCAACCUCAACCAAGCAGCCAUCAAUGGUAUUCGUGCUGCCGGCGCGACAUCGCAGUACAUCUUCGUCGAGGGCAACUCAUACACGGGCGCCUGGACGUGGACUACGGUGAACGAUAACCUCAAGGAUUUGACAGACCCGCAAGACAAGAUUGUCUACGAGAUGCACCAGUACCUUGACUCUGACGGAUCUGGCACCAGCGAAACAUGCGUUUCAAUAACGAUCGGCCAGGAGCGAGUCACCGACGCAACGCAGUGGCUCAUUGACAAUGGCAAGGUCGGUGUUCUGGGCGAGUUCGCAGGUGGUGUAAACGACCAGUGCAAGACUGCUAUCACUGGUAUGCUGGACUAUCUCGCAGAGAACUCUAGUGUAUGGAAGGGCGCCAUGUGGUGGGCAGCUGGUCCUUGGUGGGGAACUUACAUUUACAGCAUGGAGCCGCCAAGUGGUGUUGCCUAUACUGGCAUGCUGGCGACUCUAAAGUCGUAUUUCCCGUGA